AGAAUGUCAUCGUCGCCUAGCAACUCAAUGUAGAUUGUUGUUCUUUAAUUUUAUAGAAGUAAGUGGUCUUCUUAUAACAUCGAAAAUGACCGCAGGGGCGAAUGAGCAGAUCAUAAUGGAAAAACCACAGAUAUAUGUUGAAAGGACACUCGCCAUUAUUAAACCUGAUGCCAUCCAGAAAGCUGAAGAGAUUGAAGAUAUAAUUCUUAGAGCUGGAUUUGCUGUUUUACAGAAAAGAAGAGUUCACUUAACACCAGAACAGGCUAGUGAUUUUUAUGCAGAACAUUAUGGAAAAUUAUUUUUCCCAAGCUUGGUAGCGUACAUGAGCAGUGGUCCCAUUGUAGCUUUAAUGCUUGCUCGAGACCAAGCUAUUUCAUACUGGAGAGAACUGAUAGGCCCAACCAAUGCUCUUAAAGCCAAGCAAACACAUCCAGAAUGCUUACGAGCAAUCUACGGCACCGAUGAUCAAAGAAAUGCAUUGCAUGGCAGUGACAGUUUUAGCAGUUCACAAAGAGAGCUCAGAUUUUUUUUCCCUGGUUGUAUUAUAGAGCCUGUUGCCACUGGACAAGCUGCUAAAGACUAUCUCUCUAAGGCGGUCAACCCCACACUUCUGAAAGGACUCACAGCAUUGGCUAAGGAAAAGCCAUCAGACCCUGUGCUAUGGCUGGCAGACUGGUUACUGGAAAAUAAUCCUAACAAGCCAAAAGUCAGGGACUAAGCAUGAAAAACUUGCCAAAUAAAAAAUAAUCAUUAGCCUUCUAAACAUCAGCUGAUACAUCAUACAGCACAAUUUAGAAAACAUAACAAUAUAGAAACAAUCUCUUGACUUAACAUCUAGAAAAAUCUAAUAAAAACAUCACCACGAAAAAACAAACAUUUAUCAGCCUUCAGACAAUGGUCAUCUAAUAUUUAACAUCUAAAAUGCUAUUGUGUUUUAAAACAGUCUUGAUGCUUAAAUAAAAGAAUGUAAUGCUGAAAUACUUUUUAUGUAUAACUUGGUUGUUAAUACAAUUUAUGUGAUUCUUAAAAGUUUCCUAUCAAAAAACCUACCAAUUAUUUGUGUAAAAAAAUUGUGGAUUUAUUUAGUUAAUUUAGUGUGUUUUGAUGGCACUGUUAUGUAUAAAUUUAUAUGCCCAUGUCAAUAAAUAUACCCAUUGUAACAAAAAAA